AUGGCCAGCCCAACUGAUUGGAGAAGCUCGCUCACAGCCUCGCAGCGAUAUGACAACGUCCAGAGAAUCCAGCGGGCUUUGACUGGCUCUAGUUCGAGCCAAAGUGCAUUUACGGUCGAAAACGACGCAUACAAGUCUUCUCUCAACCGUGAGCAAUACGACGCAGCUUGUGACCUCCAUGGCAACUCAGUAGCUUCUGUGCCCCCUGAGCCUCCUGAGCCAAGCUCCUCCUCUAUUCCGGCCAAUGAUGCCAUACAUGCAGGCGGCGGGACGAGAAUUGGCCUCUACCGGGGUUGCUCAUAUGUUGCCAGCGGCGUAACCGCCGAGGUCUACCGGUGUCAAGACCGGGCCCUCAAAGUCAUCGUCGAGACCAGCAACAUGGAGCCACACAAUCCCCAUCGAGAAGCAAAGAUUCUCCAGCUCCUGAAGAGGCCGUGUAUCCCCCUGCUCGAGACAUUCAGAGACCAGGAGCAACGGUUCGUCCUGGUCUUCCCAUACAUGCCCCUCAGCCUCGCCACACUCAUCGAGCAAGGUCCACUCUCAUACCUACAAAUCCGGAGCAUCUUCACCGACCUCUUCACCGCCCUAACUCACAUCCACACCCAAGGCAUCAUUCACCGCGACAUCAAGCCCUCCGCCAUCCUCCUCGCCACCCCCUCCGGCCCAGCCCACCUCUCCGACUUCGGCACAGCCUGGCACCCGACCCUCUCCCGCGCAACCGAGCCCCCCGACCGCAAGAUCCUCGACAUCGGCACGGGCGCCUACCGCGCGCCCGAGGCGCUCUUCGGCGACGCGUCCUACGGCCCCGCCGUCGACAUGUGGGCCGCCGGCGCCGCCCUGGCCGAGUGCCUCCUGCGCCGCCCGCUGUUCGAGUCCCGCGCCGCCCACGAGGACGGCAGCCAGCUCGGGCUGAUCCUGAGCAUCUUCCGCACCCUCGGAUCGCCCACCCGCGAGACCUGGCCUGAGGCUGUGGGGCUCAGGACCCCGCCGUUUGAGAUGUAUCAGGUCUUUGAGGGGAGGGGGUGGGAGGAGAUCUUGCCUGGUGUGGAGCCCGAGUGGAGGGAGCUGGUGGCUGCGUUGGUGAGGUAUGGUGGUGGGAGGGCGACGGCUGAGCAGGCGCUUCGCUAUAAAUGCAUGCAACAGGAAUAA